AUAAAGAAAUAUAUAAACAUUCGCCUCACGGUGCGAUCGAAUACAGUAACAUUUCAAUAUUCAGUCUCUGAAUUUGGUGACGUGGUUUACUUCAACAUUUGUAAUCAAACUCACACACGAAUGUGCACUAACACUGCCUAACUUGAAAGUCUUGCUGGAUAGUUCCUGUACAACAUCAACAUAUGGCAAAGUGAAAGGGGCAAAGUGCAGAUAGGACCUCGCGAGAAUGUGCGCUGCACGGAUCACGGAAGAGAAAACUGUAAUGGGCUGCUGACUGACAGCUGGAUUGAAACUUGACCAGGCACCUUGGUAUCUGAUAGCUGGACUGCACCUCGAUUCGUGAAUCGACUGUCCCGACUCGUUUGCAGGUAGCACCUCAGGAAGAUGUCAGAGCUGAGUGGGAAAGUUCAGACCGUGCUGGGAGUGAUGGAUCCCAGACGGCUGGGUCGAACCCUCACCCAUGAGCAUCUGACCAUGUCUUUCGCUUUCUGUUACACGCCGCCACCCCCGGGUCAAGAAGCCUGCUCUGAAAUGCCGAUUACCAUGAAUAACCUGUACUGGCUCAAACAGAACCCCUACAGUCACAGGGCCAAUCUGCUGUUGAACGAGGAAGUGGAGGCGGUUAAAGGGGAACUCCUGCACUUUAAGGAAGUGGGCGGUGGGACCAUCGUGGAAAAUACCACCACUGGGAUAUGCAGGGAUGUGAAGGCUCUCCGGCGCCUUUCUGAAGAAACUGGAGUUCAGAUCAUUGCGGGGGCAGGAUUCUAUGUGGCCGAGACUCAUUCAUCUGAAACGCGGAGUACAUCUGUGGAGAAGGUAACUGCACAGAACAGGGGUAAAUCAGUACCGUAGGCAGAAAAGGGUCUU